AUAAAUGUGUAUAGGGGAUUCCGUUUAUAGUCGAUAUUUAUUUAUUUAGGAUUAUCUAAAGUUGGUCCUAGGCGGAACAUGCUGUAGGAGUUGGUAACACUGCUCAGUUUAUGUUAUGUUAAUAUAAUUAAGGGUUUAAAACUCAGAUGUAAAAAUAUUAAUGAUUCCUGUUUAUAAUAAAGCUGUUUAAUUACUCUUAUAAAUAUGGUGAAAAUAAUAUUCCUUCAUCCGGAUCUUGGUAUAGGUGGGGCAGAAAGACUUGUAUUAGAUGCGGCUUUAGCUUUCAAAAGUAGAGGCCACGAAGUCUCAUUUUUUACCAACCACCACGACCCUUCUCAUUGUUUCGCCGAGACGAGGAAUGGGACAUUUCCCGUUACUGUUGUUGGAGAUUGGAUUCCGCGUUCUUUCUUAGGAAGAUUUAAGGCGGCUCUCGCGUAUCUGCGUAUGGUCUACGCUGCAAUUUAUCUUGCUUGGUACGUUAUCCCAGUCGAAGAACCAACCCUUAUAUUCUGUGAUCUCAUAUCAUUAUGUAUUCCAUUUUUAAAAUUUGCAAGGGGCCCAUUCAGAGUUGUCUUCUAUUGUCAUCACCCUGAUAAGCUCUUAAGCACAGAGCAUGGUUUUCUAAAAGAUCUAUAUAGAGCUCCCUUGAAUUGGCUUGAAGAACUAACAACUGCACAAGCAGACAAAGUUUUAGUUAACAGUAAAUAUACUGCAAGAGUAUACAAAGAUGCAUUUAAAAAAAUAAAGGAUGUCCCUGACAUUUGUUACCCAUCUAUAAAUAUGGAGUUCUUUAAGAAUACUACUCCUAAGAGUCUCAAGGAAGUAGUACCUGUUGGAACAGAUAAAUUUUUAUUUCUAUCCAUAAACAGAUAUGAAAGGAAAAAGCAUCUUCAAUUAGCUUUGCGAGCCUUUGAACAACUAAGACAUAUGUUAUGUGAAGAGGAUUGGUAUAGAGUGCAUUUAAUAAUGGCUGGCGGUUUUGAUCCAAUAAACUUGGAGAAUAUGGAACAUUUUAUUGAACUGACUGAUUUGGCUAGUGAACUGGAUAUUGAUGAUAAGGUAAUAUUACUGAAAUCACCCAAGGACAUUGAUAAGGUAUCUCUGCUAUACCAUUGUCAUACAUUAAUAUACACUCCAUCCAAUGAGCACUUUGGUAUUGUGCCUCUAGAAGCAAUGUAUUACAGUAAGCCAGUUAUUGCAGUGAAUAGUGGGGGUCCUACAGAGACAGUUGUAAAUGAUGUAACUGGAUUUCUAUGUCCUCCUACCAGUGUUGACUUUGCUGAAGCAAUGGCAAAACUAGUUCUAAAUCCUGAACUAGGAGUAAGAUUAGGCGAAGCAGGCAGGAAGAGGUUUGAAAGUAAAUUCUCAUUUGAUGCAUUUUCUGAACAACUAGAUGGUAUUUUGACCAGAGAAAGACAGCUUAUUUCUGAGGCUAGGGCUGUUGAAUAUGACCACAAGCGUAAAUAGCAUAAAAGUGACACUCAAACAAUAUUUGACAUUGUUUGAGUGUUAAUCUUGAUUGGUUGACUAUUUCUUUAGUGCUUCAUUAUUAAUGGUGUCAAUCAGAAGUAUAAGAUUUAAUAGGAUUAAAAAUCCAUACAUUUUCAUCUUUCAAAAUAUCAAUGUCUAUCACCAAAUUAAAGAAUUUAUGGUUUUGCUUUAUUAUCAACUAAUUAAUAGAGAUAUAGAAUUUUAACUAUUACAUAAUUUUAGAAUUAUUUAUUUGAGGUGUGAUAGUGAUACACUUGACUGAUUAAAAGGAUUGGAUGUAAUUUUUGGUGAUUUAAAUAUAGAUAUUAAAAUAUUUUGUGAUAUACUAAAAACUAUAAUGGUUUAAAUAUCCUUUAUAUUAUGUAAUGUUGAAAUUGAUAGUUAUUUUCAAAUUUAAGUGUGUUUAAAUUUAGUUUUUAUGUAUGUUUAAAUGUAAAAAUGUUAAUACCAUUGCAUUGUACUGUCUUAUGAUAGUUUUUGUACCAUGUGUUUUUAGUUCUCAUCUCGAGUAUCCCAGCGGCCUUAAAUUAUAUGUUUUUAAUCUAUUUACAUUAUGUAUGCUUAAAAAUAAUUAUCGUAUGUCAUAUAGUAUACAGUGUAAACAAUAAUACUGAUAAUAAAUAAUUACUUCUUUACAAAUAUGAACACAUUUCACAUGGUGUAUCACUAUGAAGAGUGUGAACCAACCAAUUUGUGCUCACUUCAAUGUUACAGGGAGUUUAUUGUUAUAAAGGAUAACGUUAUAAAGAUAUACCAUAGCUAUAUCCAGUUCUGGUGUUAAAUUAUGCAGUAUAUGUAAUAACAGCAUGCAGUUGCAUCCGGGAUCAGAAAUACUUUACAGUGCAAGCCAUGGUUCAAUUAAUAAGGUUUCAUUUUCCAUCAUAUUUUCAUAUUUCAUCUACAAUACAUUAUAUUAAAAAAAUUGUUUUUUAUUGUAAGCAGCAUUACUUUUUUGUUAAUAAUAUUUGUAAUGGUAUUAACAAUUUUUGUGUGAUAUAUCUAUUUAAAUAUGAAAGAAUAAUUAUUAGCUAAACUAGCAUUGACAAAUAAGAGUUUCCUAAAAUUAUAAAAAGGAAUAUUUAAUUAAAACAAUUUCCAACAAGA